AUGCUGAAUGUUUGGUCAAUCUCUGGUCAACUGGUUCUUGCGCUACCUGCAGAGAAGCUGACGGACGUGUGGGGCUUGAAGCGGCGCCUAAGCUCGGUGUGUGGCGCCGGAUGCUUUCAGCAGCGGUUGAUGCAUCAGGGACAAGACCUAGCCGAUGAUGCGCUGUUGGGAUUUCCUGCGGAUGUGCAACUGGUCAAAGUGCCCUUCGUGGAAUCUUCAUCGGCCCAGAACUUUGAACUGUUCAGCCACGUCGGAAGAGGCGCCGUUGCCAAGGUUGAAGAGAUACUGGGGCGCCCCCAUGAUCCCAACAUGCGUGAUUCGGACGGCCAGCAACUUUUACAUUACGCAAUUGCAUGUGGCAACAUGCACAUUCUGCAGUUGGUGUUGGAUGCUGGUGCUGAUACUCACUCGGCUGAUGCGAAGGGCCGAACAUCCAUCCACCACGCAGCGGAACAUCAGAACCCAGAAAUUACACGCCUGCUUUUGCAGGAGGGAGUCGACAAGGACAUGCUUGACAAAGCCGGCCGAUCGGCGCUGCACCUGGCAGCGCUCUACGGCAACUUACACGUGGUACGUGUUUUGCUCGCAGCGGGGAGUGACCCCAACUUGCUGGAUUACGCAGGCCAGUCAACACUCCACUGCGCGGCUGCGGGCGGUGACAGUGAGGUCCUCCGCUUGUUGAUUGAAGCGGGGGCUGACAAGAAGGACUUGCUGGACCAUGCUGGGCAGUCUUUGCUCCAGCUCGCUGCCUGGCGCGGCGCUGUUGAAAUUGUUCGCUUGCUGCUGGAGUCUGGCGCUGAUGCGAAGUUGCUGGACAGGGCUGGCAAGUCUGCGCUCCAAGGUUGCAUAGAGAGCAGCUCCGUACGCAACCGGGCGUCGGCUGUGGACAUCAUUCGCAUGCUGCUGGCUGCAGGGGCUGACAAGGACUUGCUGGACCGUGCCGGUCAGUCAUUGCUCCAUCUCGCUGCGCGGCAUGGCAGCACAGCCCAAGUUGUUCGCUUGCUGCUGGAGGCUGGGGUUGACGUGAACUUGGCUGAUGUUGAGGGAAGGUCCGCACUACAUCGCGCAGCAGAAGCUGGCAACAAAGAAGUCAUGGCCUUGCUCCUGGAUUUUGGGGCCGAAACGGACUCCCUUGACGUUUCCGGCCAGUCACCGCUUCACUGUGCGGCCAGCAGCCCUGCGAGAGCUGCAGAAGGUGUGAGCUUGCUGUUGGAAUCGCGUGCCAGCCAGGAUUUGGUUGAUAACCAGGGCCAAUCAGCCCUCCACCUCGCUGCCUCCGUUGGCACGGAAUCAAGAUCUGCUCAGCUACUAGUAGAAGCUGGGUCUAACAAGGCCCUGGCAGACAAGCAUGGCCAGACAGCGCUUCAUCAUGCUGCGCGUGGCUGCAGGGAAGGCUGUGAUGGCCACCUUGACGUAGCAGCUUCGAGGGCGAGAAUGCGUGCCGACGGGACGCUGAAUCCAGCUGGGAUGUAUCGUAAUUCCAGAGUCCUGGAGAUGGAGCUGGCUCCUCAACACCGGCAUGAUGGCCGACGAGAAAUUGUUCGCUGUCUUUUGCAGGCUGGCGCCGAUGAGAGUGCCCUUGACAACGACGGCCGCUCAGCACUCCACUACGCAGCAAGAAACUUGGUGGCCCAGUGGGCCCAGUGGCAGGAGCUAAUGAUCAUGAUAAUGACGAAUUUGCGGGCAGUGCACUUCUCCUUGCCGAACCUGACGGAGGAGCGCUGCCAGUUCAAGGCGGGGGAGCAGGUGCUGAUCUCGCGCGGAGAUCCGCUGAAAAACCGUGUGUGCGAAGCCAGCGUGCGGGAAGUCGAUUUCCAAGGCCGUGUGAUGAUCGUGUCGGUGAACGGGAAGAUGCCCGAGGAUCCCUGGCACGCCCGCAGAUACCGCAUUGACAAGUACGCCAACCGCACGACCUACGAACGGCAAGUGAACGCCCUGAUGCAGUUCAUCAUGAUGGAUCGAACGAAAGUGUGUGAGAUGCUGGUGGCCGCGGGGGUCGGGAAGCUGGACCAGGCGGUCAUCGAGGAGGCGGCCAUCAUGAAACGCAGAGCCGAGCGAAAGGGCAUGGGGAAAGGCUACAAAGGAAAGCGUCAGGAAGAGCUGGCCAAGCAAGACCAGGACACCAAGGACAAGACUCGUUCCAGUGCCCUUGCAAAUUGGGACGCGGAGGACUUCUUUGCAGACGACCCGCAAGAAGAAGCGGAGGCGCUUGCCGAGGAGGCCGCGCUCGCAGCGGAGGCCGCGUUGGAGCUGGAGCCGGAAGAAGACCCCGAGGAGAAGGAGCGCAGGGAGAAGACCGUGGCCCUGGCAAACGAGAUGAUUAGCGCAAUGAUCGUUGCCCCGGUGAUGUCCCUCCUUUUUGCUUCACUAGCAGUUGAAGCCGAACAGGCAUCACCAGUCGCGCAGCUCGCGGCUGAAGGGGCUCAGGCGUCCUCCGAUGUCCAUCUGAACACAGUGGCUGGGGCGCUCACGGAUUUGCUGAAGAGUGGCGACCAAGGAGCCGGCACUUUGUCGGCCAUAGCCCAGGCGUCGAAUACAUCAGCAAUCGUGGAGACCAUCAAAGAGUUGCUGAACGGCACCAUGAAAGGACGUCUGUACACGGCGCACAAGAACAGCUUGGCGGCCAUUGCGGACUCGAAGAAGCUGUUCGCCGACUGCCGCAGCGCGUAUGAGGCUGCUGAUCAUGUCCGUUUUCCUCCAGCCUCUCUUUUGCAGACGGUGAACGCGACGCCAUGGUACGAAGAGUUCUUCCAAGCCUAUAGCCAGUGCAAGCUUUGGGAGGCACAGAUUGGAAAGGAUAUGACUGCUUGUGACUACCACUGCACCUCAGAGGUCAAGGUUGUCGGGGAGGACUGCACCUUCUUAGGUGAUCAGUGUGGCCCUCUCGACUGUGCACCGGUCACCGGUGAAGGCUACAAGUCCUUCCUUGAACGAAUGAUUAAGGACAUCAAGUCCCACUUGGACUUCCUGGUCUGGGAGCGCUACAACGCAACCCAUGGAUGCAACGACAUCUGGGGCACGGCCGAGCGUUGCUUCAAGAACUGCGACGGCCACGUCAUGGAGAUCCAGGAUCUCGUGCCGCACAAGUCCACCGACAUCCCAGGCUGCUGCGCUCCACGCACGCAGGCCGAGGAUGCCAAAUGCCAGGAGCUGAAGUCCCAGCGCGUGGCCUGGCAGACCUACGACCAGUGCUAUGAUGCGGCGUUGCCGCAGUGGGAGACCACCAAGGGGGAGCAGGUGGCAGAGGCCGAGUCUCGCAAGGCACAGAUGCGAUCCAUCAUGAGGAUGCUGUGCUACGUGAGCUCCUUUGGUCCGAACCAGGCCACGCUGCUGACGCAGUGCAUGGAGAAGGACUUCACGAAGGAGACGGAUGUGAUGGCCAUGAGCCUUGAGCUCGGCAUGCCGGAGACGAAGCUUGAUGCCUUCAGCUGCAACUCCAGUGAGACCCCUGGGACCGCCGACUUCGACGCGGCUCACUACGGCAACCUCCCGACCGGGCUGGCAGCCUGCCCGGUGCUGCACUGCGAGGAAGCGUGCAACGGCGAGGUCAAUGUCUCUUCCAUGCGCAUCCUCGAUGCGACUACGGAACCUCCUCUGCCGGAGAUGACCACGGCUUCGACCAAGUGCUUCAAGAAGGCAGCUAGCGCCGAUGCAGUCUACUGGGACCUCGGCUCCGAGCAAGCGGUUGGCGCUGUGUCUGCCGACCCUGCAGACGAUAUUUCCAGCAUCAAGGUGUAUCUCACCAACUCGGAACAUGGCACCGUCCUUCCGACCACAGAGCUUUGUGGAACUAUCACAGAGAAGUCGAAGACCGUGGACUGUGGAGCCCGAUCCGGGUCUCGGUACCUGGUGAUGCAGCCCUUCAUCACCGGCAGCUGCGUCUUCGGCGGCUGCACUCCUAGUUGGUGCCUCAUGACGGUGGAUGGCAGCAACAUGACGCAAGAGCCCAUGUCCGCGACGGGCUCCUCCUUCGUGGGUCAGGUUGUGGUCAACGCCACGGUCUGA